AUGGCGAUGGCCUCCCCCUGGGGUUGCUGCAGGGCCUCGCAGACGGUGAGGGCACACUCGUCGACAGGCCCGCGCGGCCGCCUCAAGCCUGCCAAUCCCCCCUUGCGGACAGGAAAUCUUGUUUUGCGUGCCGCAGCGGCGGCCUCGGCAACAUGCUACAGUGGAGGCCCGACCACAAGAGGAGGAGGGCGAAGCGUGGUGGGCACAAACCCUGGGGGCGCGACACGCCAAGCAAAGGGCCUCCCGACCGCAGCCGUGCUCCUGAAGGGCCCGCUCUCGCACAGGAGCCCACGCCGCGCUGGCAGCAGCAGCCAGGCGCGCGAGUGCCCAGGAAGCCUUCGCCCUCGGCAGCAGGGCGUGAACCCCGUGGAUCAAGCCGAGCGGGCAACCGGCAACGACCCGACCGCUCGGCUGGCCAGCCGGCCACCGACACGAGGAGGCGGCGCUGCGCGCCUGUGGCACUAG